CAGCCCCAGUGACAGAGAGAAUGGAAGCCACAGAUGGUACAAGAAGCAAUGGAGCCAGCCCCGAGGCCAGGGAUGCCCGAAGCCCCCUGGGCACCAAUGGCAACGUGGAGAACGGCGGUAAGGUCGAAGUCAAGGAUAGCAAGGGCACCAACGGGCAUUCUGGGGAGGGCGCCGAAAACAAGAGCCCAGGGAGUCCGAUGAAGCACGGGGAGGGAAGGAGCGCCUUGUUUUCUGGCAACGACUGGAGGAAACCCAUCAUCCAGUUUGUGGAGUCUGUGGAUGACAAGAACUCCAACUACUUCAGCAUCGACUCUGCGGACAAGAGGUCCCCUUAUGCCGGCCUCCAGCUCGGGGUCUCGAAGAAGCCGCCCGUGACUUUUGCAGAAAAGGGGGAGCUGCGCAAGUCCAUCUUCUCCGAGGCCAGGAAGCCCGUGGUGUCCAUCGUAGAACCCGGGGAGGUGAGAAGGAACAGCUACCCCCGUGGGGGAGACUCGGGCACACUCCUUCGGUCCAAGUCCGCUUCUGAAGAGAUCCUGUGUGACUCGUGCAUAGGCAACAAGCAGAAGGCGGUGAAGUCUUGCCUGGUGUGUCAGGCCUCGUUCUGCGAACUGCACCUCAAGCCCCACCUGGAGGGAGCCGCUUUUCGCGACCACCAGCUGCUUGACCCCAUCCGGGACUUUGAGGCCCGGAAGUGCCCCAUGCACGGAAAGACCAUGGAGCUUUUCUGUCAGACUGACCAGACCUGCAUCUGCUAUCUCUGCAUGUUCCAGGAACACAAGAAUCACAGCACCGUGACCGUGGAAGAGGCCAAAGCCGAGAAGGAGACAGAGCUGUCUCUGCAAAAGGAGCAAUUGCAGCUGAAGAUCAUUGAGAUUGAAGAUGAAGCUGAGAAGUGGCAGAAAGAGCGAGACCGGAUUAAGAGCUUCACCACUAAUGAAAAAGCCAUCCUGGAGCAGAACUUCCGUGACCUAGUUCGGGACCUUGAAAAACAGAGGGAUGAGGUUAGGGCAGCACUGGAGCAGCGGGAACAAGAUGCUGUGGACCAGGUGAAGGUGAUUGUAGAUGCACUGGAUGAGAGGGCCAAAGUACUACAAGAGGAUAAACAGACAAGAGAUCAGUUGCACAGUAUCAGUGACUCAGUGCUGUUUCUUCAGGAAUUCGGGGCACUCAUGAGCAAUUACUCACUUCCCCCACCUCUGCCUACAUAUCAUGUCUUAUUGGAAGGAGAAGGCCUAGGUCAGUCACUGGGUAACUUCAAGGAUGAUCUACUCAAUGUGUGCAUGAGACAUGUGGAGAAGAUGUGCAAAGCAGAUCUGAGUCGAAACUUCAUUGAGAGAAAUCAUAUGGAGAAUGGUGACCAUCGCUAUAUGAACAACUACUCCACUGACUGGGGCCAGUCAGACACCAUGAAGAGAUAUUCCAUGUACCUCACACCCAAGGCUGGGGCCAGGACAUCUUAUCAACCUUCUUCUCCAGGACGCCUUACCAAGGAGAUCAACCAGAAGAACUUCAGCAAUCUCUAUGGAACCAAAGGGAACUACACUUCCAGAGUAUGGGAAUAUUCAUCCUCCAUUCAGAGCUCAGAUGAUUUGCCUGUUGUUCAAGGCAGCUCCUCCUUCUCCCUGAAAGGCAGUGGGAAAGUCCCCUAUCAGUUCACCACCCUGGGACAGGCCUCUACAGAGUUUUCCAAACAGUUGGAUGGUGGCCUGUUUAACAGUAACACUGGUUACCCCUCUAUCAUCAGAAGUCAAAGUCCCAAAGCUCAGCCACAGACCUGGAAGUCUGGCAAGCAGACCUUGCUGUCGCACUACCGUCCUUUCUAUGUCAACAAGGGCAAUGGCGUGGGUUCCAAUGAGGCCCCUUGAGCUCCCAACACAGGAGUGAGACACCGAGAGACCACCUGACCCUUCCCCAGUUGUACCUGCUACUACUAUCUACUGGGUUACUGUUCUGUCUCUAUGGCGUCUGGGCUGGUGGGAACAGAACAUGACCUUCCAAGGAUUGUCCCCUCUCUCCCCUCCAGCUUCUCCAGUCCUCCAACCUCCCUGACAAUCCUACAAUUUGUCAGCAAAAGCCGCCCCCCCCCCAACACCCUCACCCCUUUAGUUAUACUGUGCUUGGUCUCCUAUCUGCUCAGGCCCUUUUGUCCUCUGCUUUCCUGUGGUCAGAGAGGACUCUAUCACCUCUUACAUUUUAUGGGUUAGGACAUUGCUCACAGAAGGGACUCUCCUCCUCAAUCCUCCCUUCCACACAUAAGUCCUUCUGCAGAUCCUGGGAUGACAGAGCACCAGCCCAGCCUCACCUCUGUGUCCUCCGCUCAGCUUUCCCCUAGAACUGCCAAUGGCCACCCUCAUGGGUGACGCAAGGGGGCUGUGCGCCUACAGACAAAACUUUCUAUCCUUCCACAUAUGUAAACAUUGUCUCAUUCAUGUCAGCUCAUGUCCUGACAGGGAAAGAUUGACUCCCCUCAGACUCAGGCUGAUUCUUCUAACCAGAGCCUGCCUGGGAUUUCUGAACUUGCCCGUAUAGGGCAAAGUUCCUCCUAUCUGGCUAGAGGCUGGUUUCCUACACAGUCAGAGGAGUUUGAUGCUCUUGUCAUUGUGCCAAACAGGCCCAGGGUCCCUGACUAGGGGUAAGAGAUAAGUCACCCCCAUUCUGGAAAACUGUCUGCCUCUACUAGGGAGGCUGGGGCUCUUCAGCAAUGACGGACAAGUGGCUUGGCUCUUAUCCUUCCCCAAUCCUUCUACUCUUUGUUGCCAGAAUGGGUAAUGCUCCUCAUAGUGUCUUCCCCCAGCCUUGCAAAUAGCUGCUAGCCUGGUUGCCUUGGGGUCGAGUAACAUAUUCUGUUGCAUAUACAUGCAAAAUAUAAAAUGGGCGGUGGAGUGGGUGGGAAGGGGAGAUGCUGGUAAAUGAAAAUGACCAGCCUGGUAUAUACUAAGCACUUAGGUACAAAUAUGCUCCUGUCCUUCCUCCCUAUGCCCACCUCAACCAGAGUGCCAGCCCUCUUUCCCUGGUUGCUGCUCAGCAUCUCAACUUCCCCAGGCUCUGGCUGAGAGUGGGUCUUGAGAAGAAAAAAUUAACAACAGCUCACAAAACCAGGAGGGGUCUGAGUCCCUGCACCCUACCCCCACCCCACACUGAGGAGGCAGAGAUGGAGGCAGGAUUGGGGGGAUGGUUGGAAGAUACUGAGCUGGCACGGUGUGGGAGGAGCUCAUCCUUGGCUUCUUCCUGAAUAAAUCAUUGA